AACGAAAGUUCAACACGAGCCCUCGACGGGACGGGAGACGGGAGAAAGCAGCUGCUCGCUUGUUGCUGGAAUCAGUGUUCAGCGUAUAUACUUCGCUAAUUCGCGAAUUUAUUUUGACUGAUCUCCUUUACUGCAGGAACGAGGAAGUUGCCAGGUCUCAGAAAUCACCAACCUGAUGGAAGAAAAUGACCGACAAACUAGGACUUGGCCCAGGAGUAAGGCAAAUUAAACUUGGUGCCAGUUUUACUGGUGAUAAAUCUGCUGGAUUUCAUACUUUACGAUAUGAUUUCAAACCUGCGAGUGUUGACCCUAAUAAGAUAGCGACAGUUGAUGUUGGAGCCUCCAAUCAAAUCAGUGUUACUGUGCCUCAUUUAGAUGGAGCAGGAACUCAACAAACCGUCUUCAAAGGCUCUUACAGGCCUUAUCAGAAAGAAUGUGUCCUUAUCAUAGAUAAAGUUACAGGUGAAAUAACCUUAGAAAAGUUGUCUAACAAUAUACAACUGAAGAAAACAAGAACUGCACCUCAGAAAGUGGGAGACACCUCGAAAAAUGUGUGGAAGAACACAGAUAUCAAAUCUCUCAAUGCAAAUGCAGGAUCCUCCUCAAAAUUGAAGACAAAUUCUGGUCUUGUGCCUAGACAUUCGCCUUUACAUGCCUCGCCAUCGCCCUCACCAGCUCAUCACAAAAGUCCAAACCGACCAUUGUCUCAGCACAAGUCACCGCCACAACUUGCCUUCAAUAACAGGAGUGCCUCCCCAUCCUUUCAAAGUCACAAUCCCGUCUUGGGAGUUGAGGAAACAUCCAUGACUGGUUUCGAAACCCAAAGGGAACCAAACCAAAAUGGGAACAUGGAAUGCGCUGUGGGUGUCUUAAGCAGCUCAAGUGAUUCAGGAAGCAAUAGUGACUCCUCAUCUAGUGACAGUGACAGCGAUUCCUCUUCUAUGAGCGACAGCCAAGAAUCGCCUAAAGCACGCGUACCUGAGGCUCAAAGCCUGAGGCCCAAUGGACAUCUUAAUUCCAAGCCCACAAGUUCCCCUGUUUCUAAGUUGCCUUCCCAGCAAAUCCUCUCACAAGACCUUCAGCUAUCCGAGUCUGACUCUGAUUUUUAAUCCUGAACAAAGAAUGUAAAUAUAUUGUUUGUAAGAUAUAUUCUUGAUGAUUUUUAAUUAAAUUUAUUUAUAUUAUUA